GUUACCUUUACAGAGGCCGAAGAAAACCAGAGAGACUUUGACCAAGUGCUGACAUGGAGCAGGUGUCAUCAGCAGGCAGAACGGUGCACAUUACUGUGACAAAUGGAUAUGAUUUGAAAGGCUUUAAAGGAGACACUCCAGUUACUUUUGUUCGUGCAGAAUUCAAUCAGGCAGUUCUCGGAGACUCUUCAAAAAUCACUGUCUCUCCGGAAGGAACUGCAAAGUACAACUUUACUAGCAGCUUUGAGCUCAAUCCGGAUGGAGGGAUUACAUUAGAUGACCUCGCCCACAAACCUUUAUUCUUAACCGUGACUGAGGUCUUACCGAAGGAAAAGAAACAGAAGGACGAGAAGACCUUAAUCCUGGGCCAAGCUGUGGUGGACCUUCUUCCUUUACUGGAAGGAGAGGACUCAUUUGAAACGAUGGUCCCAUUACACCCUGUGCAGGGGUCACCCUUAGAAACUCCUUCACCAGGCUCUAAGCAAUGCAGUCUUGAUGUGAAGGUGUUUGUGGCAGAGCCCUUACUGACCCCAGCCCAGGUCUCAGCGAGCAAUCUCCUGAAGGUCACACUGGAGGCUGCCUAUUCUGUGCCUGAGUCAUUCAUGCCAGUAGGGCCUCAGCAGAACUACAUGGUUGGUCUGCAAGUUCCAUCAGUUGGAGAGAAAGACUACCCUAUGGUAUUCAAGAAUGGAAAUCUGAAACUUGGAGGAGAAAGAGAAACCGUUCCCAGGCCUAAAAAGUGGCCGAUUGCUAACAUUCUCGCUCCAGGAGCUAAUAACAUUCCUGAUGCAUUCAUUGUGGGUGGUCCCUAUGAGGAAGAAGAAGGAGAACUCAACCAUCCAGAGGACAGGGAAUUUAGGAACCAAGCAGAGUGCAUCAAAAAAAGGAUCGUCUGGGACUUGGAGAGCCGCUGCUACCUUGAUCCUUCUGCAGUUGCAAGUUUUCAGAAGCGAAUUGCUGAUUGCCGGCUCUGGCCAGUGGAGAUCACAAGAGUGCCUUUGGUCACUGUACCAAAAGGGAAACCAGGCAAACUUGAGAAGGCCGAUGAUGAAAAUCAACUUUCGUUUCAUGGCGUGGCGUACGUCAACAUGGUCCCACUCCUGUAUCCAGGGGUGAAGAGGAUAAGAGGGGCUUUUCAUGUUUACCCCUACCUGGACAGUACAGUCUUUGAAAAGACCAAAUGUUUGUUCAGCUUAUUCAGGGACACUGGACACCAUCUGGCUCACAAUAAUAAAGCAGGAGGUCUUAACUCCCCACUGUCCAAACCUGUUUCCAAGAAUUUGAAAGAAGAAAAACAACCAGUGAAAGACAAGGAGAUAGAUGGACGGAUUCGGCCUGGGGAUUUGCAAGCACCUAGCAUAAAAUCCCAGAGCUCAGAUACUCCUUUGGAAGGCGAAGCCCCUCUAAGCCACAAUCUAGAAGGACAGCAAUAUUUAGAAGCGGGGACAUACAUUGUCUUGGAGAUCCAACUGGACAAAGCCUUGGUUCCAAAGCGAAUGCCAGAGGAACUGGCCAGAAGGGUCAAGGAAAUGAUACCUCCAAGGCCACCUCUCACCCGACGGACAGGAGGAGCUCAGAAGGCAGUGAGUGACUACCACACACAGAUCAAGAGCAUUUCCAGAGCCAUUCUGGAUGAAUACCACCGGAUGUUUGGAAAGCAAGUGGCCAAGGUGGGAAGUGAUGUGGACAGUGAGACGUUGGAGGAACAGAAGUGCCAACUCAAUUAUGAGCUCAAUUGCUCCGGAAAGUACUUUGCUUUCAAAGAACAGCUCAAGCAUGCGGUGGUAAAGAUUGUGAGAGAGAAAUACUUGAAGACAACAGCAUUUGAAAGCCAAGAGGAACUGCAGACAUUUAUCAGUGAGCUUUAUGUGUUCUUGGUAGAUCAAAUGCAUGUGGCCCUAAACCAGUCCAUGCCUGAUGACACCCAAGGCACUGCCUCAACGAUCCACACCAGCAGUGAACAACUUCGACUCUUCGCGUUUGAGGCAGAAGUCAAUGAGAACUAUGAAAUGGCAGCAGUGUAUUAUGAAGAGAGGUUGGUCCGUGAGCCUCAGAACCUGGAUCACUGGCUGGAUUAUGGUGCCUUCUGCCUCCUCACGAAAGACAUCACCAAAGCACAGGAGUGUUUCAGGAAAGCCCUUUCCCUGAAUGAGAAUCACAUUCACAGUUUGUUGCUGUGUGGCGUCCUGGCUGUCUUAAUGGAGAACUAUGAGCAAGCAGAGAUUUUCUUUGAGGAUGCUACAUGCUUGGAACCUACCAAUGUUAUUGCGUGGACUUUACUCGGGUUGUUCUAUGAAAUUCAGAAUAAUGAUAUUCGAAUGGAAAUGGCAUUUCAUGAGGCCUUCAAACAGCUUCAGGCACGAACCCUCCAAACAAAGCUAAAGAGUGCUGGCACCAUAGAGAAUGUUGAUGAUGGAGUGAAAAUAGAGCACAGUUUUGGCCCCUGGGGAGCCAUACAUGAUUCUGCCUCAGCACUCAAAUCAGAAGGCCUGACAGGGGUCAAACCCAGGAGCUCCCACCUGCUGAAUCCUCAUCCCACCGCUGAGCUGCACUCCCAGCCCCAAGGACCAAGCACUGUGUUGUCCAGUCUAGAUGAGUUUAUCGAAGAAUCAUCUAAAGCACACUCUGAGUCACAAGAACCAAUAAUGACUUUACAACCUAUGGAGCCUUCUCUUGCCCAGAAAUCAUCCAAUGUGCUAUUAAAAGAGCUAACUUCGAAAAAGGAAACAUCAAAAUGUCAAGAUUCGUCAGCCUUUUUGCAUUCUACCCCUCAUGUUAUUCCCCAAGCCCCUGCCACAAUCUUCAUGGAGACCAUUCGAUUCUUGAUGAAGGUCAAUGCUGUGCAGUUUGUGCACAGAGUCCUGGCACAUGAGCUGCUGUGCCCUCAAGGAGGGCCCAGUUGUGAAUAUUACUUGGUUCUGGCCCAGACACACCUUCUCAAGAAGGACUUUGCCAAGACAGAGGAGUACCUUCAACAAGCGGCCCAGAUGGACUAUCUGAACCCUAAUGUCUGGGGUGUGAAGGGCCAUCUAUAUUUUCUGAGUGGAAAUCAUGCUGAGGCCAAGGCAUGCUAUGAGCGAACUAUUAGUUUUGUAGUCGAUGCUUCUGAGAUGCACUUCAUCUUCCUACGACUGGGACACAUAUACCUGGAAGAAAAGGAGUAUGAAAAGGCAAAGAGAACCUACAUGCAAGCCUGUAAGAGAUCCCCUUCGUGUCUGACCUGGCUGGGACUAGGAAUUGCCUGUUACCGGCUGGAAGAGCUCACUGAGGCUGAGGAUGCUCUCUCUGAAGCAAAUGCAUUGAAUAACUACAAUGCUGAAGUGUGGGCCUAUCUGGCUCUGGUCUGCCUGAAAGUUGGACGACAACUGGAAGCUGAGCAGGCCUACAAGUACACAAUAAAGUUGAAACUGAAAAACGAGGCUCUGCUUGCAGAAAUCCACAGUGUACAGGAAAUGGUUGGCUUUGGAGAUCCAUCUUUCUGAUGUCCUGGCAAGUGGAUAUUCAGUAUGGGACCCCCAAGCAUAGCAUCUUUCCUUCCCAAAUUGUCUCUAGAUGAAACCUGGACUCCCCUCCCCCCAUUAGAUGUUAACUGUAAA